UGAAUGUGCUUGCAAAAGUAUGAAAAUUUCUGGUCGCAGGUCGGUCACGAUCGUCAGAGACAUUCCACAGCUACAAAACUGCCAACUGCCAGGAAUCCUUCGCAUUUUCACAAACAAACGGUUUAAUUCCACCCGCAGAUGAGGAACGUUUAUUUCAACAGGACAAAAAAUGGAAAGAUUUAAAAGAAUCAUCUGGACACUCUUGAAGUACUUUAUGAUAUUUCUGACUGGAUGGCUACUUUUUGUGUGGGGUGUAUACAUGAAUGUCACGGAUAAGUUCAGAAAUGAGUCUCUCGUAAUUAGCCUCUUCUCCCCAUUUUUCAAGUUCUACAUUUUCGCAAACUUUGUGGCAAUAAUUGCAUUUCGUGAACUCUUUCCUGGUCACCGCUUGGCAAUUGUGCGGAUUGCGCCUCGUCGUGUGUAUUAUGUUAUUUAAUUUGGAUUGUAACAUCAAUGGAUAUUGUGCGAAGCAGAAAAACUUGACUAUGGUGUGCUCCAUAAAAGUUAGAAGAAAUUUUUUUAAGAAAAGUGAUUGUAGCCGCUGUUUGCAAAGUAUUUCAUUUCCUGCAAAACAAUAUUAAAAAAAAAUUUCAACGCAGAGGAACUUUGGGAACUUUGACCAAGAUUACAUUCUGACCUGCUCAACAAUAAAUCGCCCUGAGGAUGGACUACAGCGUGCAGCAGUGGCUGAGUGGGGUGCAAAAAGUGUUCCCCGCAGCCGACACGGUGUUGGUCGUUGGCCCUGAGGAGCGGCACUUUGCCGCCCACCGCGCCCUUCUCGCCAACAACAGCGGCUACCUGAAGAACCUGCUGGCCAACAUGUUGCCGGACACGCACACCCUCAUGCUGCCCAACAUUCCGGCUGAGUGUUUUGACGUGCUUCUCACUUUCAUCUACUCCGGAUACCUCAAUGUGCACCAGCACAACAUUUACAGCGUCCUUUCCACAGCACACAUACUGCAGAUGCCGCAGGCGCUGGAAGUGUGUCGCGAAUUCCUAGUCAAGAUGGAGCAGUACGAGUUGGCGUGCAAACGAACCGCGGCUCUGACAUUUGUCUUCAAGCCUGUGGCCACGCACAAGCCGCUGCCCUGCAUGCUGAAGAAGAACGACUCGAUCCGCCUCGGACGCAACGUCAUCCUGCGCUCCAGCGAGUCCCUGUUCAAAUCGGUCAACAAGCCGGCCGCGGUCGCCGCCGCCGAAAAACAACGCAAGUCGCCCAAGACGUUGCAAAUCUCGGUCGAGACCAUCAAGGACGACGACAGCAAGGCCGGCAGGGUCAUCCUGGACGUGGCCUGCUGCGACGGACCUGUCCGAUUCCACAGGGUUCUCAACGACAAGUACGGCUCGGAGAACGUCGCCUGCCCAGAGAAGAUAGAAUCGGAGGGCGACACCACCGAAGAUGAUGAGACAAAUACUAUGGAACACGCUGAUGAGAAUUCAACAGAAAGCAUGGGGAGGAAGAGGCACGGCAGCGGCAAGGAGGGCGGCGACGCGGUGUACAAGUGCGUGUACUGCAACCACACAUUCAAGAGCCAGUACUGCUACCAGAAGCACACGCGGCGCCACAUCAACCCCGUCACCUACGACGUGCUCAAGCUGACGACCAACCUGAAGGAAGACGCGCCUCGCAACAAGUUACUCGACAUGAACGUCCAGUACUACCCGUGCAAGAGCUGCGGCUGCAAGUUCCCCAGCUACUACUUUGUGCACAAGCACCGCAAAAUUUGCCACGGCGAGGUCACCGAAAACAUUGCCAAGCUGGCCGAAGCGCCAGUGGAGGCACCAAAGAAGACGUUUAAAUCAAACUAAAUCAAUUUUAGCAUUGAUAUCGAAUAUUGUACAUUUCCCAUUACUUCGCAAUAAACUUGUCUUUUCAACUGAAA